UUUUCAAAACCAUAAACAACUGACAGACGACAGGACUCGCGUUUCUAAGCCGUAUUUAAUCGUUUAAUUAUUAAUCACGGGCGAAUUAAAGUUUAGUUUCAGUUGUCGAUAUAGAUGUGUUAGAGCUUUUUAAAGCUUAGAGUGUCAGUAAUUCGCGGUUUCAGACAGUAACGGUUUCCUGAGGAGAAUAUCAGGGAUUAUCCCCAAAGGCGUGUGUUUGUAUUGAUUGAUUAAAAAAUUAUUCAGAUAUCGACAGAAGCUGUAACGUACAGAGAUGGGCGACGGUGUGCAGCAACGCUCUGGCUAUGAGCGUCUGACCGCAGAGGAGAUGGAUGAACAGAGGAUUCAGAAUGUGGCUUAUCAAUAUCUGUGUCGUCUGGAGGAGGCCAAAAGGUGGAUGGAGGAGUGUCUAAAGGAGGAUCUGCCUGCUCCCACAGAGCUAGAGGAGGCUCUGAGGAACGGUGUUUAUCUGGCCAAACUGGGCCACUGCUUCGCUCCUCGUGUGGUUCCUCUCAAGAAGAUUUAUGACCUGGAUCAGCAGCGCUACAAGGUCUCUGGGCUUCAGUUCCGUCACACCGACAACAUCAACCACUGGAGGAACGCCAUGAUGGAGGUCGGACUGCCAACGAUCUUUCAUCCAGAGACAACGGAUGUUUAUGAUAAGAAGAACAUGCCGAGAGCAGUGUACUGUAUUCAUGCUCUGAGCUUGUACUUGUUUCGUUUGGGACUAGCUCCUCAGAUCCACGACCUCUGUGGAAAAGUCAAGUUCACUGAGGAGGAGAUCAAUAACAUGAAGCUGGAGCUGGAUAAAUACGGCAUUCAGAUGCCGGCGUUCAGUAAGAUUGGAGGAAUCCUGGCCAAUGAGCUCUCUGUGGAUGAGGCAGCAGUGCACGCAGCUGUGAUCGCCAUCAAUGAAGCAGUGGAUCGUGGGUGUGUUCAGACCACCGCUCAGACCCUGAGAAACCCCAACGCCAUGCUGAGCGCCCUGCAGGACCCGCUGAUGCCUGUAUACCAGCAGAUGCUGCAGCAGGCGCGGGUGCAGAAAGCAGCGCGGGCCCGGACAAACACUUCAGCAGAGAAGGACAUUUAUGAGGAAUAUCUGACGCAGAGAGAAAUACAGGACUCCAUCAACACCGUCAACAUGCGUGCAGCAGUGGAGCGUGUGGACGAGGCUCUGGACUGCAGCGAUGCACUGGCGCUGCUCUGUGCUCUACAGAACUCCAGCCUGGCGCUCAGAGGACUAAUCCGAGAUAACGCAUCAUGGUACCUGGAGCAGCUGAGUGCAGACCGAGAGCAGAAAGCCCUGGAUCUGGGCUGUGUGGAUCCUCUGGAGAGAGAAGAACUGCAAGAGGGCAUCAACAUGGCUAAUGAGGAUGCGCAGAGAGACCAAACCAUGCAGCAGGCGGUGUGUAAAAUAAACGAGGCCGUUCGGUGUGGAGAAGCUCGUCAGACGGUCCGGGCUCUGAUGAAUCCAGAAGCUCAUCUGCCAGAUGUUUAUCCGUUUGCAGCAGAGCUUUACCAGAGAGAGCUGGCACCACUGCAGUGCCAGUGCCCGCAGGCUGAGCUGCAGCAGGAGGAGCUGUAUGUAGCAGUAGAGAUGCUCUCUGCAGUGGCUCUGAUCAAUCAGGCUCUGGAGGUCCGAGAUUUUGGAGCGUUCGGUUGUCGGGUGAUCAGUCCUGCAGCCGGACUCACAGACAUCGAUGACAGUCUGAUUCAGAGGUAUUUCGAGGAGCUGUGUGAGCUGAAGCGGAGCGCUGGAAAAUCUCUUCUGUCCUGGAAUGAUCUGCAGAUGGGACUGAACACCGUUAACACGUCUGCUCACGAGGAGCACGAGCAGAUUGUGACCAUCGGUCUGAUCAAUCAGGCUCUGAGCCGCAGUGAUCCUCAGAAGACUCUUUCUGCGCUCAUGCUGCCCUCUAGUGGCCUGGAGGACGUCCAACCGCUCAACGCCAGACGCUACCAUGACCUGCUGACCCGCGCCCGCAGACACAAGGCUGAGUUGAGCCGAGACCCUGGAGCUGAGCUCUGGUUGGCUGACAUUCAGGAAGGUGUGAGACUGGCCAAUCAGGACACUCAGAAAGCCCUGAAGAUGUGUCUGGGUCUAGCUGCAGUCAAUCAGGCUGUGAAAGAGUGUAAAGCGUCUCAGACGUUGCGUGUUCUGCGUCUGCCUGAGGUGGCGCUGCGGAGCGUGGUGUCGGAGUGUGCUGAUGGGUAUCAGACGGAGCUGACUGCGCUUCUCCGCGCAAAAACACUGGAGGGAGACAACAGAAGUCAGUGGAUGAGGACCAAACUGGCGGACAGCAGCUCUUAUUUCUUCCAUCUGCAGAAACUGGAGGGCAGCUGGGAAAGACCUCAGGGGUUCGUCCAGAACAGCACUUUCCUGACCCACGAGGAGAUUCAGGCCGUGUGCAGUGGUGUAACUGCAGCUCACAGUAGAGAUGUGCAGUGGAGGGCCAGUGAGCCGCUGCUUGUGCAGCUGCAGGCGCGCAUGCGAGGGUUUCUGCUGCGGCUGAAGCUGCAGGAGCGUCUGCAUUUCCUCAACACACAGCUGCCCGCCGUCAUCACCAUACAGUCUCACUGGAGGAGAUUCACACAGCAGAGGGAAUACAAGCGCAGACUGCAGUAUCUCUACCGCAACUGGAGAGCUGUUGUUAAGAUUCAGGCCACAGUGAAGAUGUGGAUCGCCCGCAGGAGAUAUCUGGCCCGUCUGGCGUACUUCAGGAGACACGUUGGAGCCAUCAUCCGGAUCCAGGCCUUCUUCAGAGCCAGCAGAACCCGAGAGGAGUAUCGCCUACUGGUUCACUCCAGCACUCCUCCACUGUCUGUGGUGCGCAAGUUUGCUCAUCUGCUGGAGUUCGGGGACAGUGAUAUCCGGCAGGAGGGCGAGCUGCUGCGCCUCAGAGAGGACGUGGUGAGAACCAUACGAGCAAACCGGCAGCUGGAGGCCGACCUGGACCUGAUGGACCUGAAGAUCGGCCUGCUGGUGCGCAACAGAGUCACGCUGCAGGAGGUGGUGUCUCACUGUAAGAAGCUCACCAAGAAGAAUAAGGAGCAGCUGAGUGACAUGAUGGCGCUGGACAAACACAAGGGUCUGAAGGCUCUCAGUAAAGAGAAGAGGGAGAAACUGGAGGCAUAUCAGCACCUCUUCUACCUGCUGCAGACGCAGCCGCUGUAUCUGGCUCAGCUGAUCUUCCUGAUGCCGCAGAAUAAGAGCACCAGGUUUAUGGAGACGGUGAUCUUCACACUCUUCAACUACGGUUCCGACUGCAGAGAGGCCUUCCUGCUGCUGCAGCUCUUCACUGCGGCGCUGCGCCACGAGAUCACUGUGAAGGUGGACCGGCCGCAGGAAGUGAUCACAGGAAGUCCGACCGUCAUCAAGAUGCUGGUGAGCUUCUACCGUCACGCUCGCGGUCAGAACGCACUGAAGGACAUCCUGGGUCCUGCCAUCAGAGACGUCCUGCAGGACCGAUCGCUUAACAUCCGCACCGACCCAGUGGAGAUCUACAAGAGCUGGGUCAACCAGAGCGAGAGCCAGACGGGCCAGAAGAGUUGUCUGCCGUAUGAGGUGAGUGUGGAUCAGGCUCUGUCUCACUCUGAGGUCCAGCACCGGCUGAACGUCUCCAUCACUAACCUGAAGAACCUGACAGAGCGCGUGUUAAACGCCAUCAUCAGCAAUACACACAGACUGCCGUACGGUUUACGCUACACUGCUAAAGUUCUGAGGGACACACUGAAGGAGAAGUUUCCUCAGGCCACUGAAGACGAGCUCUACAAGAUCGUGGGUAACCUGAUCUACUACCGCUACAUGAAUCCUGCAAUCGUGGCUCCGGAUGGGUUUGACGUGGUAGAGUUCAGCGCUGGUUCUGCUCUUCUGCCGGGUCAGAGGAGGACUCUUGGUUCCAUCGCUCGAAUCCUGCAGCACAGCGCAGCGCUAAAACACUUCCAGGGAGACUCGGCACACCUGCAUGCGCUCAACCAGUACAUCACACACACUCACAGCCGCUUCAGGAAGUUCUUGCGUGCGGUGUGUGAUGUGCCAGAGCCGGAGGAGCGCUUCAGCAUUGAUGAAUAUUCAGAGACGCUGAUCCUCAACAGACCCGUCAUCUACAUCUCCAUCAGCGAACUCCUCAACACUCACAGGCUGCUGCUGGAGCAUCAGGACAGUCUGUGUUCAGAUCACUCUGACCCUCUUCUGCAGCUGCUGAAUGAUCUUGGAUCAGUGCCGUCUGUUCAGGAGCUUGUUGGUGAAGGACAUCUGAACUCUGCAGAUCCAAACACAGAGCAGACUCUGGAUAAGAUGGAGGUUUCUCUGACUCUCACCAGCAAGUUUGAUGUCUUCAAGAGCUCUGAUGACCAGCCUGACGCACGGGGGAUCCUGCUGAGCACUAAGCAGCUGAUCAUUGAUGUGAUCAGGACGCAGCCUGGAGACACACUUCAUGAGGUGCUUCAAGUCUCUGCCUCAAGAGAUCAGGAGGUGCAGCACGGCUGGCUGAUGCACCAGCGCGCUCAGAGAGACGCUCGAACCCCAGAGAAGAUGAAGAGGAAUCAGUCUCUGAUCGCAGACGGGAGGCUGACGCUGGAGGAGAAGAAGAGGAAGAUCCAGAGGAACAUCAGGAGGCUGGAGGCCAUCGGCACGCUGCGCUCACAUGACGCGCACGCACACAUCCUGCAGCUCAUCGCAAAGGACAUCCGUCAUCAGCGUGUGUAUCGUCAGCGGCGUCAGGCGGAGCUGGUCAAACUCAAACACACACUGAACAGCCUGAACAGUAAAAGCUGCUUCCACUCGGAGCAGGUGGAUUAUUACAGUCAGUACAUCAACACCUGCCUGCACAACCUCACCAACAGUAAAGUGAGCAAGAAGAAAGUGAGUGAUAAUAAAGGGAAGAAGAAGCAGGCGACGCUCACCUACACCGCUGCACGUCUACAUGAGAAAGGAGUUCUGCUGGAGAUUGAAGACCUGCCCGUCACACAGUUCAAGAACGUGAUCUUUGAUAUAGUCCCCGGUGAGGAGGACGGAGUGUUUCUGGUCAAGGCGCGCUUCAUGGGUGUGGACAUGGAGAAAUUCCCUCUUAAAUAUCAGGAUCUGCUGCAGCUCCAGUAUGAGGAGGUGGCAGUGAUGAAGAUGUUUGAUAAAGCCAAAGUCAACGUCAACCUGCUCAUCUUCCUCCUCAACAAGAAGUUCUUCAAGAAGUGAACGCUGUCUCUCACUCACAAACACUCACACGCAUGCAUGCAUACACAAACACACACAUAAACGUAUACGUACACACAGACACACAAAUAAACAAACGCACAUGCAGACAUGCAUACAUAAAUAUACACACACACACAAAUGCAUGCACACACAAAUAUAUACCUAUACACACACACUAAAGCAUGCAAAAAAAUGAACAUACACACACAAAUGCUAGCAUACUUACAUAUACAUAAAAAUACAUGCAUACAAAAACACACAUAAUGGUAUACAGACACACAUAUUUAAACAUACACACAUAAUGCACACACCCAAAUAUAUACAUACUCGCACAUGCAUAUAAAAGCACACACCCUCAACAAACAAACACAUGCUCACACAUACAUAAUCAUGCUUGCACAUAUAUAAACAUACAUAAAUAUACACAUAUACACACAGAUUAACACACAUUCACUCCUGUAAUCCUGCAGAAGCGCUCCAUAUUAAUCCUGUUUUUCUGCAUCUGACUGGAAGCAGCAGUAAAUCAUCAUUACCUGCUCUGCUGCUGCUGAAACACAUCUUUAUCUUAUUAAUCAGAAUUACUCUACAUAUAUUCAAGACACUAUCAUACACUACAUCUAUAUAUUGAUCAUUAAUCAUCAAUCAUUAUAUAUUGAUUAUUAAUCAAGCCAAGCUUUGCUUUAUUAUAAUGAAUCACAGACGAGUCUUCGGCUCGUUUACAUAUCACUAAUAAUACUAUCUUUAAAAGUGGUUUAUUAUAACUGUAAUAAUUCUUUGUAAAUAUUUCCUGUCACUCUUUCUCUCUGUUUUAUAUUUGUAUUCUGUCAGUGUGUCCACUUUCCUCACACUUUGUGCUUUUAAUG